AAACUCACGCCUAUGGCAGAAACACAAAACCCGUGCCAAUUUGCUUAAACCCUAAAUUUUCUGAAUUGAUUUCGAAAGUGAAAAAGAGAGAGAGAUAAUCAAAAUCGCAUCCAUGUCAGACAGCGAUUCUGAUGCCCCUGAGGAAUUCACAGCUGAACAGGGUAUUCAACUAGAUGAAGAGAUUCGAAAGACUAAAAGGGAAAACACAAUCAGGGUUAAUAUUGAAGAGAAAGAACGUCGGCGAAAAUGGGCUCAAAAUUUAACACCUCGACCAUCUAAAGCUACUAAAAAAUCUAGGGACACAUCAAACACUGAAUCUGAGCAAGAACCAAACACUGAAUCUCAGCAAAAACCAAACACUGCUGUGGAAUUUCUUCCCAAAAGCAUUGUUGAAAUGCUUGCAGCUAAGGAGAAAAAAAAUUUAUUAACUGAGACUGAUGAGGAGGAAGAUAAAUUAAAGGCUACCACUUCAAGGAAGAGAAAAUCCAAGGAUUCAGGUUCUGAACCUAUUAUUGUGAGCAAACCAGCUCCUCCUCAAUGCUUAAAGACUGCCUUAGGUUUCUUGAAAGAAAGGAAAAUGUCAGUUCCAAGAUCGUCUGCUGUUUUGAAGAAUUCCAACCAAGCAUUACGUCUACUUUCCAAUUCCGGGAUCAUACGCCAGAAAUGAGGAUUUUAUUCCCUUAUAAAUUUAUAGAUUUUUUUGGCCAAGGUGAGGCGUCAAUGUUGCAACAUGUAUUUUUAACCAAUCAUCUUUGUUGCUUCUGUCGGUGUACUGGACUAAAUUGUAACAUUACUAUAUAAUCCAUGUUAGUUGAAGUUAAUUAUGCACUAGUGUUUUUGCCA